CACCGUUAAACUGCACUUCUGGACUCAAAUAUUUGCCGGCAAGCACUUGGUCAGGCACAUCGCAACUCGGCCCAGCGAUCAAUGCAUGCUUAAGGCACCCCAGAACUGCAGUACAAGCAUCACUAAAGAUUCUCUUCUGGGCUGGAAUUCGUUCAUGUCUGCUCGCUGAGCCGUUCAUGCAGGAGUGGCUUCCAUUUGACAUUCGCACACAAAACACAGGCUGCAGGUUCAACUGCAGCGCUACUGCAUCUCUGCCCUCACCCUGCAGCCGCCAUCCUCGGCCACCACUUUGCGGUUCGUCUUUUGCUAACCGUCGUGGGGACGCCUACACCGGGCACCAACCGCUCCCAUCCAGGCUACUUGGGCUUGAUUGACAUCUGACCCUUGGGGCUGCAGGCUCAAAAUAGGCUUGCCCAUCAAUUUCCUCCAUUCCACCACUUUUUCGCGGCGGGUUCCACGCAAUGGCAAGAGACAAAGAGCGUUCGAUCAAUCCUGCGCAACAGCAGCGAAAGCUAGAAAAGGCCAGACAGUUGAACAAGAGUCGGGCUGAAUUACAGGCGAGGCGGAACGAGAAACUGGCAAAGCGUAACCCCGACCGGCUUCAGAGACAAAUCGAUGAUCUGAAAGCCCUUGAGGCCACCGGAGAAAUCAAGCCUCGCGAAAAGGCCAUCCUCCAAGACCUAGAACGAGACCUCAAAGCUGUACGCAAAGCAAGAGAAGCCCUCGGCGACAAGGCACCACGGUUUGGAGGACACGAACGAAGAAGGGAAGGCGAAGGCAGCAACGUACUAGGCAAAAGACGGCAUGAUGGUGAACGAAAACAUUUUCAGUCUCGCCGAGACUCUUCGGGCAGUGACACCGACGAGUCCGUCCGACGGAUACCCAUGCCAGAAGACACUCCCCCGCCUAUUCCCCGAGAAUUCAGGCGUAAUUUCAAAAGAGAGGAGGCAUCAAACACCAGUCUACCCCCGAAACCUGCGCCAGUCGUCAAGACAACCUACGAGAGCGCUCCACAAAUACGAGACCUGAAGAAGGAAGCAGUGAACCGGUUCGUACCGGACGUGGUGCGUAAGAAACAACAAGCUGCCAAAGGAGGACCUACAGGGCGUCUCCUUGAGCCCGAGGAAAUGGAUCGGCUUGAGGCCGAGGGCUAUCUGCGGACAGAUCGUGAGAGACGGCAACCAGAAAGCCAAGCUCCGCAAGAUGACGAGAACGCAGAGAAAAUGGCGGAGGAAGAGGCGCGCUUUCUUCGCGAGUUAGAGAUGCACGAUGCUGCUGCGCAAGACAACGAGAACACAGCCCCAGCAAUGAACACCCAGGUCAGUAACCAAGCAGAGGCAAGUGCCCAGCUGCAAAGACCGAGCAGACAUGUCGAGAUCGAGGAAGUCGAGGACGAGGACGCUUGAAUUGGGGAUCGUGAUGAAAAACGAACGCAAGACGGCUGCUCGCGUCUGUUUAGACGGCACGCAACCAAGUAGAGGACGUACGGCUUUGACAACUUGGCCAGAAGCGACGGCUGCUAUGGGUAAGCAGUGCUACUCUCCUUUUCACCCUUGCCACCAUAAAAUGCGAAAACGUCUUACCACCUACGUAGCUGCUGAGCCUGGUGAGUAAACGCGAGAGAUGUCGGUGCUGGCUCCAGGAGCUAAUGUUCAUUUUCUGAUCUUUGUCGUCUCGUGACUGGGCUGGCUUAAUGUACACAUCACAUCAUCUUCCCCCAGCUCAAGUCCAAUCUGGUAAACCCAACACAGCCGCCUCAUGGGCUGUCCAGUUCCAGGCCUUUUAUCCAGAGCGCCUACCAAGGUCCUCGCACACAAUGCUGAAUAAACA